AUGACUCUCACCGAUGAAGAGCUCGACCGCGACUGGCAGCCCAGUGGCCGUCGCCCUCAAUCCACCAUCGCCCGCUCUUUUAGUGCAGAGUUGAUGGACAUCUUCCGCAUCGAGAACUCCCUCACCGAUCUGGAUCAGCAAGUCCACGAUAAGAAGCAAACAGUCGACAAGAACACCGAAGAACUCGCCUCUCUCGAAGCCCGCAUCCGCGAAAUGGAAGAUCGCCUACGCCGCUCUGGAGGCAGCACCCAGCACCGCUCUCCCCUGCCACAGGUCCAGACACAGACCGCCAACCAGUCCCAGACUCAGCAGCAGCAGCAGCAGCCAAGCUCUCUCGAUGCUCCCACGGAUGACUCCAAGGCUCGCUCACGACCGGGAACGGCCCGCGCUGCUCAGCAAGCUCCCUCCUCGGGCAACAUGCCCCCGACCCCGGGUGCCAGUGAAGGUGAAUACUACGUCGUCACCCGCGAUGACUUGCAAGACGGCCCGCGCUGA